GCGACAAUCGUUGUUUCGACCGAUUAGUGAGGAAAUGGGAGACCAGGCGAGGAAGUCGGUGAGAGGUGAGGGGCAUCAGGAACGGAGCUACAAAAAGAGGGACAAAUAAUCCAAACUACGGGAGGGGUCACUGCCUGUAGGCCAGCCUGACAACCAACCUGAGUCAAGCAUUCAAUGGAUGUGUCAGAGGAUCAUCAACCAAUAAAAAUCAGGUCUAGAUUGGAUCUUCAGUGACUUUUGCCCCAGAAUGAUAGAAGCUUUUGGAGCUCGUCCGAGAUUUUGCGAUUGCGAAAAGAAUAUUUGAAAGCGGCAACACCACACGCAGCCGCAAUGCCUUCCCCCUUCUUAACCCCCGGCUCUCAGUCGCAGCUCGACAGUCUUGCACUUCUUCAACUCCGCAGAGAUCAGACGAUCCCGACGAUUCUCCAACUCCAUGACGAAAAGAACGCAGGGUAUAAGGAAGGAAAAGUCACCAACACCCGCUUCGGCUCAUUUCCGCAUAGCACUCUUUGCGAUCAACCAUGGGGCUCCCAGAUUAUCGCAUCCAAGGUGGACACGGGAUCCCGGGGCCGCACACAAUCCAAGAAGUUGAAGCGGAAAGCGGACGAGCUGGAUUCGUCCACCCAGGCCGAAGAUAAACCUUCUCCGCAGACCCCAGUAGCCGCCUCCAGCGGUUUCCUUCACCUUCUUUACCCAACACCGGAAUUAUGGACCGCGUCCCUUCCGCAUCGUACUCAAGUCGUUUACACACCGGAUUACAGCUACAUCCUCCAUCGGUUACGCGCGCGCCCGGGAAGCACCGUAAUUGAAGCGGGAGCUGGAAGUGGCUCUUUCACACAUGCCUCCGUACGAGCUGUGUUCAAUGGAUAUCCUUCAGAUGAUCAAUCGACGAAAAAGAGAAGACUUGGUAAGGUCUGCAGCUUUGAGUUCCACGCGCAGCGUGCGGAGAAGAUUCGCGUGGAGGUGAACGAGCACGGACUCGAUGGGCUAGUGGAGGUAACACACCGUGAUGUCUAUGAGGAUGGCUUCCUCCUCGGGGACCCGAAGACGGGCGAGUCCCCGAAGGCGAAUGCGAUCUUCCUUGAUCUGCCUGCUCCUUGGCUAGCUCUUAAGCAUCUCGUUCGCAACCCACCCGAGGGCACGGAAUCACCGCUUGAUCCUACAUCCCCAGUCUAUAUAUGUACAUUCUCUCCUUGUCUUGAACAGGUACAGCGCACUAUCAGCACACUCCGCCAAUUGGGCUGGCUGGGGAUCUCAAUGGUGGAAGUCAACAACCGCAGAAUCGAGGCCAAGCGAGAACGAGUUGGAUUAGAUUACGAGAAUAUUCGCGGAACAGUCGUCUUCCCCAAGUCCGUUGACGAAGCGGUUGAGAGAACGCGCUCUCUUGAGGAACGUUCCCAGUUGUUCCGUGCAACCCAGAAUCAAAGUGACGGCGACAGUACCCCUGCCCCUAAAACUGAUACCGAUACGCCCGCUCGCCAGCAAGGAUCUGAGGUCCCAGUAUAUAAACAAGGUCGUAUGAUGACCAGGUCAGAACUAGACCUUAAGAAUCAUACAUCCUACCUUGUCUUUGCUGUUUUGCCUCGAGAAUGGACGGAGGAGGAUGAGAAGCGCUGCCGUGAGAAAUGGCCGUCAAACCGGGUACAGGAGCCGCAGGGGCCACAAAAGAGCAAGAAGCAACUGAAAAGAGAAGCAAAGGAGCAACGAGAUCUGCAAAGGAAAGAGCAAAGUCAACUGGAGACGGAGUCCCAAAAAGAAUAGAGGGUACCAGACCUCUGUUACUAGAACCAUGAUUUUGGGUGCUGUAUUAUGUUCUGUCUUGAGUAAAUAUUCUUACUUCGCCGAUAUCCCAUGCUAAUCAUGGGUCAGAACCAGAUUUGCAGUCAUAUCUGACAAGUCAACAAAGAAUACUAAUGACGGGUUGAGGGUCUUUUUCCAAGGAAUAUAUAUACACAAUUGACCCCUGUUUCAGAGAAAGGGAA